AUGGGUAACAAACGGACCUUCGAACAUCUACGCAUAUGUCAUAUAAAUUGCCAGUCUCUGGUAGCUCAUUUUGAUGAGUUCGGCAUCUUUUUCUGUAAUUCGCAUUAUCACAUAAUUUUCUUGUCUGAGAUCUGGCUCAAACCCGAGAUUUCUGACAAUUUUGUUGGUCUCCAGGAUUAUUCUCUGUAUAGAUGUGACAGAACUGGCAGAGGCGGAGGCGGCGUAGCCUUCUAUCUGCACAACAAUUUCAGAGCACACAUUUUAAAGACGUCAGACAAUUUAUAUUGUCGAAAACCGGAAUAUAUUAUUGCAGAAAUAUUCUUAUCUGACGUGGCAAACCUGCUGCUCGCCGUUGUAUACAGACCACCAAACUGUGGCUAUUUGCAGGAAUUUGAGGAUGCCUUCCUGAACCUCCUGGCACAUUAUAGACACUCGGUCAUACUUGGUGAUUUUAAUGCUGAUUUGUUGGUUUUAUCUUACGAUAGCACUCAUCUUCUCACAUUCAUCGAGUCUGCGGGUCUCUAUCUUGUACCUUACCAACCCACGCAUAAUCUGGCUCAUUCCUGCACUUUGCUCGACCUGUGUAUAAUUGAUGAUUCUGAGAAGCUUAUCAAAUAUAGACAGCACGCCAUGCCGUUUUUGUCUGCGCACGACCUCAUCUAUAUUGACUAUAACAUCUGUGCAGAACGUAUACAAGAGCGGAUAGUAACGUUUAGAAGUUUUAAGGAUUUUAAUGAGAUAGCAUUCGUCGGUGAUCUGGAGAGUGUGGGUUGGAGUGGACUGUUAACUUCGUUUUCACUGGAUGAGAAGAUUGAUAUUUUCAAUCAAACUGUGCUUUACUAUGUAGACAAACAUGCACCUCUCCGUAGCGGUGCGUUUAGGAGUCUUCUUGCGCCGUGGUUAACUAGCGAGAUUAAGAGUGCCGUGAAGAACAGGGAUCGAGCUCGCAGAAGGUGGCGUAGAGAUCGCAGAGUUGAAUCAUACAUUUUUUUCAAAAAAUUGCGGAAUGAUGUGCAGAAUGUGAUACGAGCCGCGAAAAACAAAUACUAUCUUGCAUUUUUCUCUAAGACUAAAGAUUCUGGCACUAUCUGGACGGAACUGAGACGACUGGGCCUGAUUAAAGUCAAGAAAGUGGUUGUCUUUCCAAUACCAUCGAGGAAUUAA